GUUUGGAAUCGGUGUUCUUUUAUCCCUAGUGUCUUACACGCCCGCUAGCUCCGCUUGGCUGCUCGAUCCUAGCUCGUUAGCUGCCGCUGCUGCAGCAGGACUGGACGAGCGUCGCAAACAUGCGAGCAUUCAUCCUUGCGGCAGCGAUUUCCAGUCGUGCCGCAUCCCUCGACAAUGUCAGGCAUCGCAUUGCUGCACCUGGGAUUGCUGCUGCUCCCACGCUGCCGACGCGACGCGCGCUCCUCGGCGCCGCCGCGGCAGCCGCUGCCAACAGCGUCGUACUGCCGGCCAAAGCAGCCGGCACGCUCGUCACGCUCGAGCUCAACGUGGCGCGGGCACCGUCGGCACCUUUACGCAUCGAAAUCCUGCCGGAAAACGCGCCGAAGUCGGCGGAAUAUUUUCUCGCGCUCUGCCGGGGCACGCUGCGGGCGCGGUGCGCCGAUGUGGACGAGCCGGGCCUCGCGCGAGCCGCCGCCUCCGCGCGCGCGCAGGAGCGCAUCUGCUUGGACCAGCAGGGCAUUGAUGUGAACCUCGUGAACUCGCAGAUGUGGCGUUUAGUACCAGAUAAACGUGUGGAUUUUGGGCGCAUCGACUCGAGCUUCGCGGCGCGCGAACCGCCUUCCUUCACAGCAGAGGCCGGCGGCGACCUGCGGCCGUCGCAGCGCGGCGCCGUGAGCGUCAAACGCGGCGGCGGGGCGUUUGAAUUCACGAUCACCCCCAAAACCAAUCCGGGCCUGGACAAGGAGGAGCUUGUUGUAAUAGGGCGGGUCCUGGACGAGGACCUGCCGGUGCUCGACGCCCUCAACGCCAUCCCCGCGAAAAAAGAUUUGGUGUCGCUGGGCGACGUGCCUCCCUUGGGGUCGAAGAUCGCGCGGGCCUGCGAGUACGCGAACCCGGACGCGACGUGCGCGCAGUUCAAGCCCCUGAAACGCGUCGUCGUGUCGGGCGUGGCCGUGGCGUCAUAACUCUAUUUAGUCUUAUUUUGCCGAUCAACCUUGUCUUCGACCGCGUUUAAUGAAGGGAUGAUCGCCCUCGUCGAGAGAUCAAGCGACAGCCUGGCAGAUUGGGAGCCGGCCUCGUGGCAGCUUUGCUCGAUCACGAGUGGCCGCCUUUCUUUCUCUGGCCGCGCGCAAGCUGCCGAUCACAACGUCGCGUCUGCACGGCACUGCCUCAUCUCUCCCGAACCUCUGCGUCCAGGCUUUGCAGCUCUUGGCGCGGUCGAGGUAACAUCUCAGGGGCAGCCCACCCUGAGCCAUGGCAAGCAACGCCUGGCGGCAGGGCCUCCUGCGCUCCACAAUGCGUUACGGCUUCCUCAUGCGCGCGCCGAACCGCACGACGGGCGACCUGCGCUGGGUCGUCACGGAGACGAACCGGCAGCAUGCCGUGGUGACGUCGAAGAUCGACGUCUUGCGAAACUUCGUGCUGCCGGCCGCCGCAGUGACCGCGGGCGCCGCCGCUUACAUAUACAAUCAGAACUCGAAGAUGAAAGCUUCGCGAGCAACGCCGAUGGGUUUUGGGUUCGAGAAGGAGGCCGUCGGCGAGGUGCCCGCGAUGACGGAGGAGAGCUCGCCGGCCAUGCGCGGGAGUCGGUGA